AUGACUGUUUAUUUUUUCCAUGUAGGCUGUUACAAGUUCUGUCAUACCAGCAAGAUGUCUUAAUUUACAAGAAUAUCAAAGUAAAAAGUUAAUGGAAAGUUAUGGUGUCAAUGUGCAAAGGUUUAAAGUGGCUGAAAAUGCAAAGGAUGCAGGAGUUCAGGCACAAGAACUGUUGAACACAAUAGCAUCAGAACUUGUAGUAAAAGCCCAGAUUUUAGCUGGUGGUAGGGGGAAAGGAAAAUUUUCAAGUGGACUUCAAGGAGGUGUUCAUCUUACAACAAAAGCGGAUGAGGUUAGUUCACUCAUUAAAAAGAUGCUGGGUCAUACACUAACUACAAAACAAACUGGUAAGGAUGGUGUAAUCGUUAAAAAGGUCAUGAUAGCAGAGGCCCUUGAUAUUGAGAGAGAAACCUACUUUGCUAUUUUGAUGGACAGAACGUUUGAUGGUCCUGUCAUGGUUGGUAGUCCGGCUGGUGGUGUUGAUAUUGAGGAAGUAGCUAAAAAUUCUCCUGACCUUAUAUUCAAGAAACCUAUUGAUAUCACAGUUGGCAUUACAGAAGACAUGGCACUAGACAUGGCUGCUAAUUUAGAUUUUGAUGCUGAAAAAAGAACAGAGGCUGCAAGGCAAAUCCAGAAUCUCUAUAAACUAUUUAUUGGUGUUGAUGCAACACAAGUGGAAAUUAACCCAUUUGGUGAAACGCCGGAUGGAAGAGUUGUUUGUUUUGAUGCCAAGAUGAACUUUGAUGAUAAUUCUGAAUUCCGACAAAAACAAGUCUUUUCUAUGGAUGAUGAAUCAGAGACUGAUCCUAGAGAGACUAGAGCUGCUGCAUGUGGUCUUAAUUAUGUUGGAAUGGACGGAAAUAUUGGGUGUCUUGUAAAUGGAGCUGGACUUGCCAUGGCAACAAUGGAUAUAAUAGAUUUAUAUGGAGGUCAUCCAGCAAAUUUCCUUGAUGUUGGAGGUGGUGUUCAAGAACAUCAAGUAGUAGAGGCAAUUGACAUUAUUACCUCUGAUCCUCAGGUUAAAGCAAUUUUAAUUAACAUAUUUGGAGGUAUUGUAAACUGUGCGACAGUAGCAAAUGGUUUGAUAACAGCAUUGCAAGGUAUUAAACUUGAAGUACCUCUGGUUGUCAGACUAGCAGGGACAAACGUUGAUGCAGCUAGACAAAUAUUAGAUAAUAGUAAUCUUCCAAUUGUAUCAGCCUCUGACCUGGAUGAUGCUGCACAAAAAGCUGUAGAGAUGCUCAUGAGUGAAUCACAGUGAAAUGGUGGACAUUAUAUAGAAUAUAAUGAAUUGAGACAUUUUGUCUCGUAUAUUGGUGCAUGUAUAUAUAUAUAUUUGGGAAGUGUGACAUAAAAACUGCUAAACUAUGAUACCAACCAGUUACUUUAUUUAGGUUAUGAUAUGAAAGGCUCUGUCAUGUAAUC